AUGCCUUCGCGACCCCAGCCCGUCGCCUUCGCUCCGCCCGUCGCCCUCGCUUUCCACGCCUGUCGCCUUCACUUCCCCUCCCCCGUCGCCUUCACUUCCCCUCCCCCGUCGCCUUCACUUCCCCUCCCCCGUCGCCUUCACUUCAACUCCCCCGUCGCCUUUACUUCCCCUCCCCCGUCGCAUUUCCCGCCCGUCGCCUUCGCUACUCCCGCCCGGCGCCUUCCCUUCCCCUGCCCCUCGCUCUCGCUUCCCCCGCCUGUCGCACUCGCUUCCCCCGCCCGUCGCACUCGCUUCCCCCGCCCGUCGCUCUCGCUUCCCCCGCUCGUCGCACUCCCCGCCAGUCGCACUCGCUUCUCCGCCAGUCGCACUCGCUUCCCGCCCGUCGCACUCGCUUCCCCCGCUCGUCGCACUCCCCGCCCGUCGCACUCGCUUCCCCCGCCCGUCGCUCUCGCUUCCCCCGCUCGUCGCACUCGCUUCCCCGCCAGUCGCACUCGCUUCCCGCCCGUUGGGCUCACUACCCCUCCCAUUGCCGUUCACUCUCUCCUGCUCAGGCUCUACCCUCUCUUCUUACGUGCAUGUGAAACCCGUUCUUCCAAACUACGCAAUCCUUCAUGCAAUGAACUCUGCUCCGCGUCCUCCAUGGAUCAAGUCAUCACCGCCUCUCGGACAUCCCUCACUCCCUGCGACCGCGGGAUUUUGGAUGUUUCGCCGUCCGCGCGUGCCUCGGCGCGGAGUCACUCCCGGGAAGCGUCGGAUGACCGUAGGGUGUCGAAACGGCCGCGCGCGGACAGCGAGCGGGAUGACAGCGGCAGCUGUGCCGGGGAUUUCCUUUCAACCCAUCUGGUUCCCGCUAACCAUCAGGCUUUACUAGGGCGGAGUGAGUCUGCGGGUAGUAGCAUGGAUUCGCAACGCAGCAGCGUGAGGGUCGGCGUUAGAACGGGCGACAACGAGCGAUUAAGGUGCUCCAGCGAGCCUGCGACUCCGGACGGCGCGCGGCAACGAGAAGCGGUGCAGGCAGCGAGUCAGUCGGAGGGUGAACAGCCCGUGGGAGGCGCGGAGGCAGCGGCAGUCGUCAAGGGGUAUGCGACAACACCGCGCGGCCAGGUUCACUACCGCAGGUGCGGGUCGGGCCAUCCGGUGGUGCUGUUGCACGACGCUGGACGUUCGUCUGCCAUGUGGGCGCCUGUGCUGCCGCUGCUGGCGGCGCGCGGGUGUUGCGCGCUGGCCGUGGAUCUGCCGGGGUGCGGCGAGACGACGGCGGCUUGUCGCGACUACAGCAUGCUGGAGAUGGGCGCCAUCGCCGUCGCCGCCGCCAUCAACGUCGGCUUCACUCAACGCUUCGACCUUGUGGGCCAUGGAUUCGGAGCGAGCUUGGCGCUGCAGAUGGCGGCCGUGUUCCCCGCGAGGGUGAGGCGGGUGGGGCUGUGGGGCGUCAUGCCGCAGGACGAGCGCUCCAAGCACCUCGCAGCUGCCGUGCAGGCAAUAAGCGCGGGGGAUGGGGAUGGCGAUGGUGCAGCGGCUGCUGCUCCUCAGAGCGUGGUGGCGGUGGCAGUGCAGCAGAUGCUGAUGCGCAGUACAGCCCACCAUGUGCCUCUUCAUCAACUCGUUGAAGAGGUGAUGGAGUGCCUUCAGUCACUGCCCACGCGCCACUUGCUCGCCAAGGCGCAUGCAGCAGUGGACCACGGGGAUCUGCUGGACAAGGUGCAACAGCCCGUGCUGUGCCUGGCGGGCUGUGACGACCCAUUCCAGUUUGAGACAAUGAUGGCAGCGUCAAGGAUGGGCAAGGGAAAGUCAGUCGCCUCCCCUUCUUCGCCUCGCUCCGCUCACUUCAUCCCUCGUUCAGCUAUGGCUGCCGCCACCUUGUCCUCUGCCCUGCGACUGACCGGUGCCGCGUGUGCCGCGCGUAUCUCGCGCUCCUCCGCCCUCCACACAGCCGCUGCCUCCUUCAAGCAGGGUACCCCAGCCGUCGGAUUCUCCGGCGCUCGCCUCCGCGACGUCCGACGCUCUGCGACGCCUGCUCACGGUCAGACGACUCGGCGACACAUGGCGACCGUUGCGACGAUCAAGGUCGGCGACAAGCUGCCCGACGGCAGCCUCUCCUACUUCGACGCUGAGGGCGCGCUUCAGACCAUCACUAUCGAGUCACUCACCAAGGGCAAGAAGGUGGUGCUGUUCGCGGUGCCGGGCGCGUUCACGCCCACGUGUUCGCAGAAGCACCUGCCGGGGUUCAUCGCCAAGGCGGACGAGCUGCGCGCCAAGGGCGUCGACACCAUCGCCUGCGUCUCCGUCAACGACCCCUUUGUCAUGCGCGCCUGGGGCGAAUCCGUCAACGCCGCCGGCAAGGUGCUGCUGCUCGCGGACGGCAGCGGCGUGUACACGGCGGCGCUGGGCGCGAGCCUGGAUCUGGCGGACAAGGGGCUGGGCGUGCGGUCGCGGCGGUACGCGCUCCUGGCGGACGACGGCGUCGUGACCGUGCUCAACCUGGAGGAGGGCGGCGCGUUCACCAACAGCAGCGCCGAAGACAUUCUCAAGGCGCUGUUGGAGAUUCGGUUUGACGUCAGGUUGGAGAUUCGGUUUGACGUCAGGUUGGAGAUCAGGUUAGACGUCAGGUUGGAGAUCAGGUUUGAUGUCAGGUUGGAGAUCAGGUUUGACGUCAGGUUGGAGAUCAGGUUUGACGUCAGGUUGGAGAUCAGGACUGACGUCAGGUUGGAGAUCAGAUUUGACGUCAGGUUGGAGAUCAGGUUUGACGUCAGGUUGGAGAUCCGGUUUGACGUCAGGUUGGAGAUCAGGUUUGACGUCAGGUUGGAGAUCAGGUUUGACGACAGGUUGGAGAUCGGGUUUGACGUCAGGCUGGAAAUCAGGUUUGACAUCAGGUUAAAGCUCAGGUUUGACGUCAGGUUGGAGAUCAGGUUUGACGUCAGGUUGGAGAUCAGGUUUGACGUCAGGUUGGAGAUCAGGUUGGAGAUCAGGUUUGACUUCAGGUUGGAGAUCGGGUUUGACGUCGGGUUGGAGAUCAGGUUUGACGUCAGGUUGGAGAUCAAGUUUGACGUCAGGUUGGAGAUCAGGUUUGACGUCAGGUUGGAGAUCAGGUUUGACGUCAGGUUGGAGAUCAGGUUUGACGUCGGGUUGGAGAUCGGGUUUGACUUCAGGUUGGAGAUCAGGUUUGACGUCAGGUUGGGGAUCAGGUUUGACGUCAGGUUGGAGAUCAGGACUGACGUCAGGUUGGAGAUCAGAUUUGACGUCAGGUUGGAGAUCAGGUUUGACGUCAGGUUGGAGAUCAGGUUUGACAUCAGGUUGGCGAUCCGGUUUGACGUCAGGUUGGAGAUCCGGUUUGACGUCAGGUUGGAGAUCAGGUUUGACGUCAGGUUGGAGAUCAGGUUUGACGACAGGUUGGAGAUCGGGUUUGACGUCAGGCUGGAGAUCAGGUUUGACAUCAGGUUAAAGAUCAGGUUUGACGUCAGGUUGGAGAUCAGGUUUGACGUCAGGUUGGAGAUCAGGUUGGAGUUCAGGUUUGACAUCAGGUUGGAGAUCAGGUUUGACAUCAGGUUGGAGAUCAGGUUUGACGUCAGGUUGGAGAUCAGGUUUGACAUCAGGUUGGAGAUCAGGUUUGACGUCAGGUUGGAGAUCAGGUUUGACAUCAGGUUGGAGAUCAGGUUUGACGUCAGGUUGGAGAUCAGGUUUGACAUCAGGUUGGAGAUCAGGUUUGACAUCGGGUUGGAGAUCCGGUUUGACGUCAGGUUGGAGAUCCGGUUUGACGUCAGGUUGGAGAUCAGGUUUGACGUCAGGUUGGAGAUCAGGUUUGACAUCAGGUCGGAGAUCAGGUUUGACGUCAGGUUGGAGAUCAGGUUUGACGUCAGGUUGGAGAUCAGGUCUGACGUCAGGUUGGAGAUCAGGUUUGACGUAAGGUUGGAGAUCAGGUUUGACGUCAGGUUAAAGAUCGGGUUUGACGUCAGGUUGGAGAUCAGGUUUGACGUCAGGUUGGAGAUCAGGUUUGACGUCAGGUUAAAGAUCGGGUUGGACAUCAGGUUGGAGAUCAGGUUUGACGUCAGGUUGGAGAUCAGGUUUGACGUCAGGUUGGAGAUCAGGUUUGACGUCAGGUUAAAGAUCGGGUUUGACAUCAGGUUGGGGAUCAGGUUUGACGUCAGGUUGGAGAUCAGGUUUGACGUCAGGUUGGAGAUCGGGUUUGACGUCAGGCUGGAGAUCAGGUUUGACGUCAGGUUGGAGAUCAGGUUUGACGUCAGGUUGGAGAUCGGGUUUGACAUCAGGUUGGAGAUCAGGUUUGACGUCAGGUUAAAGAUCAGGUUUGACGUCAGGUUGGAGAUCAGGUUUGACGUCAGGUUGGAGAUUAGGUUUGACGUCAGGCUGGAGAUCAGGUUUGACGUCAGGUUGGAGAUUAGGUUUGACGUCAGGCUGGAAAUUAGGUUUGACAAGGCCGUGCAGCGCCGUGAAGAUGCCCAGCAGGCAGAAGAGAGGGAGAGAGGGCAUGGAGGGCAGGGAGGGGCAUGGAGGGCAGGGAAGGCAGGGAGGGCAGGGAGGGGCAUGGAGGGCAGGGAGGGGCAUGGAGGGAAUGGAAGGCAGGGAGAGCACGCACUGCGGUUGUUGACGACGAGGGCGUGCAGCGCAGUGAAGAUGCCCAGCAGGCGCGGGUCAAACCGCCCGCCGAACCACGCGGACAGGGGGCUGCCGGGUGCCAUGCGGUACUCAUAG